GCACGUUAGUCAUGUAGCUCCAUCACCCACUUCUUUAUAUAUUAGUUUUCCUGUCAAGCCCACAACUCAAACUUAGUCCUAUAUAAGCUCUCUACAACUUUCUCUUCCUCCUCUGUGUGUUUCAGAAUCCAUUUCUGCUAAAAUGGGUCGAUUCAGUCUUGUUCUGGUUUGGUCACUUUGCCUUUCUUUGUGCAUGUUCUCUAAACCCACAUCGGCGCAGUUGAAAACAAACUUCUACGCCAAUAUCUGCCCCAAUGUCGAAUCCAUUGUCAAAAAUGCUGUCACUAAGAAGUUCCAACAAACAUUUGUGACGGUUCCCGCCACUAUUCGUCUCUUUUUCCACGAUUGCUUUGUCCAGGGUUGUGAUGCUUCAGUAAUUAUUGCUUCAACAGGAAGCAAUAAAGCAGAGAAAGACCACCCUGAUAAUCUGUCAUUGGCCGGAGAUGGGUUCGAUACUGUGAUCAAAGCAAAAGCAGCCGUUGAUGCAGUUGCACAAUGCACAAACAAAGUCUCUUGUGCUGAUAUUCUUGCUUUAGCUACCAGAGACGCUAUUGUUCUGUCUGGGGGGCCUUCAUAUCAAGUUGAAUUGGGAAGAUUGGAUGGACUGAGCUCAACUUCUUCAAGUGUAAAUGGGAAGCUUCCCCAGCCAACCUUCAAUGUGAACCAGCUCAAUUCCAUGUUCAGUGCAAAUGAGUUAACUCAGUCAGACAUGGUUGCUCUUUCAGCGGCGCACACCGUCGGAUUCUCUCAUUGCAGCAAGUUCGCUAGUCGGAUAGGAAACCCGGUGGACACCACGCUAAACAAAACCUAUGCUGCAGAGCUGCAACAACAGUGUCCGAAGAACGUUGAUCCCAACAUAGCCAUCAACAUGGACCCAAACACGCCCAGAACUUUUGACAAUAUGUACUACAAGAAUCUUCAGGAGGGCAAAGGCUUGUUCACCUCCGAUCAGGUCCUUUUCACCGACACUAGGACCCGGCCCACUGUCAAUACAUGGGCCUCAAACAAUGCAGCUUUCCAACAAGCCUUUAUUACUGCUAUGACAAAGUUAGGCCGGGUCGGAGUCAAGACCGGCAAUAAUGGUAAUAUCCGUCGGGAUUGUGCCGUUUUUAAUUGACAGAAAAUAAUGAAAAAAGAAGGUCAAAGUGAAUGUUGACCAGAAAAAUGAAGUGAAGAUAGGAGAUUUAACUCAUACAAUGAGGUUUUGUAAUCUCAAUAAUCCAAAUUAUGGAGGUGGGCGGUGUAAAUUGAAUAAUGAACAAAGGGUCAAAGUGAUAAAAUAAUGAGUGAGACUGUUUCAAAGCAAAAUUGGAUUUGAGUUUCAAUGCCUGAUC